AUAUCAACAUCUACGAGAAAAAUGAAGACAAGAGAGACAAACUUUAUGACUUUGUGUAUUGGUCGAGAUGUAUAAAAGGAAGAAGAAAUGAGAAGAACAAAACUGAAAUGAUAUGAUAAUAAAUCUAAUCAAUUGAAAUAAUAUGUUGAAUCAUGUAUUUGUUGAUAUACUUUUAUAUGUUAUUUUUUGUUGCUUUUUGUUGCAUCACACAUGUCUUUGUUGCAUGAUGUUGUUUUUUGUUGCAUCGUUUGUUGCAUUGUGUUGCUUAUUGUUAAGAGUUGUUGAUUUUAUAUUUUGUUUUUUGUUUUUUUUAGGUUUAUAUUUAUCUUAGCUACUUAUUUAAAAUAAAUAACCAUAUAUAGAUUUAUAUACAAAUACAUAACAUGAUAAAAAUGGACUUAUGAGUAUCAACAAUAAAAAGAAACAUGAAGCAACAAUAAAAAAACAAAAGUUUUAAAACAUCAACAACAAAAACACAAAGAAACAAUAUGAAACAAGAGUAAAAAUAUAUUGAUAAUAGUAAAAACACAAAUUUAUAAUUAUUUUUAACAUGUUAAAUUAAAAACUUUAUAUUUUAGUUUUUUGGUUUUUAUUUGUUUUGACAUUUUUGUUACCGUUUCCGCAUUUUUAUUUUCCAGCCUUUAAUAUUUUACAUGUCAUUUCAUUUACUUUAAUUUUAUGUAAUUUUCUUAAUAUAUAUUUUUAUUAUGUUUUCGAAUUUUAUAUAUUUAUUUGAAGUUUUUUCGUUUUAUAGAUACUGAUUAAACAAACUUCUCUAGUAGGCCCUCUGCCGAGGGGUACCUCCAACAACAGGUACAUCAUUGUGGCCAUUGACUACUUCACCAAGUGGGUGGAAGCUGAGCCCCUCGCCAGCAUCACCGAGGCUAGGUGCGGAGGUGCCGCCACUUCGUUCUCAAGAACAUUCUCACAAGGUUUGGCGUCCCCCAACAAAUCAUCUUCGACAAUGGAACCCAAUUUGAGGCAACCCCCUUCUGUGCCCUCCUAGAGGCAUGGGGCAUCAAACACACAUUCUCUUCGGUUGCCUACCCUCAAGGCAAUGGACAAGUGGAGAACGCCAACCGGACUUUGCUUGAGGGUCUAAAAAAGAAGCUUGAAGCCGAAGGAGGAGGCUGGGUAGAAGAACUUCACAACAUUCUCUGGGCCUACCGCACUACCCCUAGGCGAGCAACAGGUACAUGGUCCUACAGCAUGGGACGUCCUCUUGGAGUGAAGCUGCAGCGGCUGAAGACACACCCAUGCCGCGGCCCAAUCAUUCAAGACAAGGAAACAAAAGCAUUAAAAGCUCCUGCACAAAAAGACGAAUGUACAAUUCGUCCUUACCAGACCUUCAACGCACAAGAUUAAUUCAUCUCAACCAAUGGAUAAGAUUAAUCAACCAUGGAGGCCUAUAAAUAUAGGUAGAAGCAUGAGUUCGAAAAUAAGUUUGAGCAUCCUAAGUAGAGAAAUACUUUCAUCAAAGCAUAUACGAGUCAUCUAGCAAAAGAGAAAGUGCAAACUCAACUUUACUCUCUGCUUAGCCUCAUGCUUCACUAAGCUCUUAGAUUAGAUCAACACUUUCAUAUUUUUAGAGCUUAGUUCAUAGUUGGAGGUUAGAAAUUUCUUGUAUUUUACAAGUGGUUGUAAACACUUAGGAGAACAGUUGUUCGGAUCCUAAAGUGUAAUUAGAUAGAUAGAGUACCUUUUGAUCCCCACUGGAUCAUUUGAGAAAAGUCUAAGGACUGAGUAACUUUGAGUGGUGUCAUACUCAUUGUGAAAAACCUUCAAUCUAGGCCUCAGUGUUGUAAAGGCUAGAUUGGCACUAAGUGUAUUGGGCUUAAUACUUUAGUGGAAAUCCAUCUGAAAUAGGGUGGGACUGGAUGUAAGAGGAUUACACCACCUCUGAACCAGGAUAUACCAUGUGUUGAUUUCCUUUUACUCACCAGAGCACACACCCAACACUUCUCAUUAAAGGGAUCGUAGUUUGCCAGCAGCAUCCUAAGCAGUCGUCUUAAUUGACCCUACUGCUUAUCCUACUGCUCAAUAACUCACUUUUCCUUGAGACAAUUGUUUCACACGAGCUUUGAAUAUCACUACUAAAAGGUGUGGUUGGUCAGUCCUCAAAGAUACUUCUUUAUAAGCAGCAGACGGCUUAGCAGUUUCCUGGGUCUACCCAACUGCUCAGACCUCUGCUCAGGCAAAACUCUUUACUAUCUUCAACUCAACACAUAUUCAGUAAGCCCUCAUCAUUUUCUACAAGGCCAUAUUAUCAUCUCUCCCAAGCUCCCAUUUUCUACCAACAGUUGCCUCAGCAGUUCCCUGCCAUCCAGGCAACUGCCAAGCCAACUGCUCACUGUUUAAAGUCCAAUCUUCCCCAAAUUAGAAAGUGGUCAAACCCUCAUUACAUAAAGGGUAAAGACUUCCGUUGUGCAUCUGUUAAUCUCUCAAAAGAUUAUAGAUCAACUCCUCUAGAGGGAAAACUUUGUAAGAUUGAAAAAGAUUUAAAAGUCUAUUCACCCCCCCCCCCCCCUCUAGACUUUUACCCUAUCCGGGACCAUCACGGAGUAUAUGUUUUGUAAUUUGUUAAAUUUCAACAUUCUCUUAGGUUUCAAUGUUUUCUUAAUACAAUAAACAAAUGAAGUGCAUUAAUUAAUCAACAGAAAAGCAAAAAAAAUUGCAGCUAAUUAAGCUGCGUGAAAGCAAAGAAAAACCAACAAAAGAAAACAAAACAAAAUUAAAAGAAAGACAGGAAAAGAAGGCACAAUCAGUCUAGCACAUGGUUGUGGCCACAUCAAAAUAAAAUGAAACAAGAAAGAGAGGAGGAAAGCUAGUAGCAGCUGCAGCACAUGGUGCGGCCAACGGAAGGGAUAGGACUACGGGAGCUCCAUCAGUAGCAGCCAAGAAAAGAAAAAAAAAAUCCGGGGAGAGCAGCUGGCCACAAACAGAAUUCACACCCACAAUUUAGGCGCAGAGCCAAUUCACUCCCGCAAGACUCAGCCGCAGGAAGAAAAAAAAUGUAGAUCCAAGGGCGGUAGCAAGCAGCAGGAACCGUGCCAAUUAGAGGAAGAAAUCUCAGUCAGUUACUCCAUGUUCAUUCAUCUUUCAAUCUUUGUUGUUAAGGUUUUGUGUUAAAUUUCCUCUUUAAUUUCAUGUUUGAAUAAGCUUUAAUUUUCGUUCUUGGAUUAUUUAUCAUUUGGAACUACUCUUAAGUUCGUUGUUGAACUGUUUUUAUGUUGAAUUUCUAUUCGAAUUAUUUCCAUGGAUUACUUUAGCUCUCCAUUAAUGAUGUUAGUUUCUUGAUAAGUAUGUUAGGCUAAAUUUCCAUGGGGUUUGGAUUUGGUUAAAUUAAGGUUAAUGGGUGUUCUUGAAUAUUGAAUUGAAUUUAGGAGAAUUUUCUAAUUUUUAGAACUAGUUGUUGAGAUGAAAUUAAAUGAGUAAUUUGUGAAAUUGAUCACUUCACUUGUGAAUUUUCAGAAGAUUAAUUCUUUCUUGUCUAUGAGUUUAGAAUUAAUUUAGCUCACAUCUCACACACCUUAAACUAAGCCUAGAUAUAGGACAUGUUAGGGAAUUAAAAUCAAGUUCUUGUCUAUGAGAAUUAAUAUAUCACUAUUCUUAAAUUGGAGAAAAUUUCCCAAAUUUGUUCAUAAUUCAAAGACACCCAAGAUCCUUAAUUCCAAAUCUAGACCCCACUUUUAAUUAGUUAAUUUAUUGUUACUAGUCACAUUGAAUUUACUUUUUAGCAUUUUAUUUUCGAAACCUUUUCAUCCACAUGUUUGCUACUUAAGUAAAAUUAGUUAAAUUCCUCUCUCAAAUUAUUUUGCAUGUUCACUAGUUUUAUUUUACUCAAUAAUGCCAUUUAAUUAAAUUCUCUGUUACUACUGUUAUUGUUUAUUUUUAUUUGGCUAAUCAUUAUCACAAUCUAAUCGUUUGAGAAAGCUUGCAACGACUCGUACUAACCGGUGACCGAUAUUGAAACCAACACUUCCCUCCGCCACUCCUCAGAGACACGAUACUCGGGGAAAAACCGAAAGGUUAGACUCCGUUUUACUACAACGCCGCGAAAGCGGUUAUUAUAACUCUACCAACCCGAAGGGUGGAUCAGUACGACCCCGAGGUCAAUGACACCAACAUGGCCCUCGACCUUCAUCUCAUCUCAGAACGCCGAGAGCAGGCCUUUAUCAGGGCUGAAAAUUACCGACGACAAGUAAAAGGCUACAUCGACUCCAAGGUCCGCUCCCGAGAGUUUCAAGUGGGCGAUUACGUCCUCCGACGGAGGGAGGUCAGUCAACCCACCGAAGGGGGUAAAAUGGCACCAAAGUUUGAAGGGCCAUACAUUGUCGCAGCCAUCAUCAAACCAGGGACUUACAAGCUGAAACGCCUUAAUGGGACUGAGGUCCCUAGGCAUUGGAACGUACACCACUUAGUCAAAUUCUAUCAAUAACAUAUGAGCGGCCAAACCCUCAUGACCUAUGUAUUUCAUCAACGGCCCAAGGCCUCAUGUUCCUCAGAAGAAUAAAAAGUGUUGAAAAACAAAGUACCAAGUACGGAAGGCAUAUGAGCGGCCAAACCCUCUUCAUUCACCUGUAUGGGUGAUCAACGGCCCAAGGCCCCCUCCUCUCAUAAGGAUGAAUAAAAUAUAACAUCACCAACCAAGGUACCAAGUACCAAGUGGGCGGGGUACACCCGCCACGCUUAAAACACCAAGUGUUUUCACAUAAGUCGUUCCCCUCGAGGACGCCCCCAUGCAUACAUUGUGGUAACGCAUACUCAUACACAUACAUAAAAAAAACGGGGGGUACAAUACCCCUCGGCUUUGGCAGGUACCAAGUGCCCCAGGCUAUUUGUGUUCCACACACAAAUAAAACUCUUCCCUGAAACGCUUUCCGCGCCAUCCCCCAUGGGGAGGCAGGCAACGGACCAUGUCCUGGGCCCAGGAUUCGACUUGCACAAACGAAAUGCUCCCCGCGCUAUCCCCCAAGGGGAAGCAGGCAACAGACCAUGUCUCGGGCUGAGGGGACGACUUUCAAAACCGAGGCGCUUUCUGUGCCAUCCUCCAAGGGGAGGCAGACAACAAACGAUGUCUCGGGCCAAGGAAACGACCCUCAAACCCUUCGGGAUCUCGGAAGGUCAAUCCCAAAGGGGGAGCCAACGGUUUAUUCCGUUGUCUCCCAUAUAAGCCAAGCCUUUCCAAGAGACCAAGUUUCUUCAUGCCCCUCCUACAGUAUAAAAAAUGUGUAGGGGGAAGGAACUCCUUGGAUGCCAUGCUCCCGGAGGCUCUUCUACACAAACAACGCCACGGAGAUAAUUCUCCGAAGGCUACUUGCUUACAAGGAAAAGGAUCGCAAGGUUAAUUCACCCGAAGGAUUCUUGCUCACAGUUUGACUAAGUUCCGUAGAGACCAUGCUCCCGGAGGCUCUUCAACAACAGACAGCGUCACAGGAACUCUUCCGAAGGCUCCUUGUUCAAAAAUUGAACGACUCUCCACAUCAAAGUCAACUCGGUUGGCUGAGCCGAGGGCACGGAGUCCCUAUUGGCAUCGAAAGGGAAGUUCCCUAGGUUUAAAUCAAGCUUAAAGGGAACCACCGGGGGUUCACUAUCUCUCAUAUCCCGAAGGCCCCCCUGGUCUCAUUACGCAGGACUUCACUUUAGGGGGGGAGCACCGAAGGGUACAGGCCAAAGGAGUCUACUCCGACAACGUGGAAAUUUGACUAAGUCCACGAGUUGAUACCCCCCGGUGAUACAUCCUUCGACCUCAGUAUGCUGAACUGACCUAUUCCCGGGGGCCAUCACCCUACACACCCAAAGGGUGAAUUUGCCCAAGUUUCAAACUGGCUACCCCUCAUUUGAUUCUCUUUGAGCUCACUGGGGUCCCAACAGCAGGAGGCUCCUACAAAUAACUUAGCCUAGGGCUAAUCACAGGAUUUAUUGCGAGCAACCCUAAGUCCACAAAGUGGACCCCUCGACUAUACCAAUCACCAUGUCACUCAACUGGCUCAACACACCGAAGGCAUGGCGACUAUGUUUCUUUGGGAAAAAUUCUAAGUCCACAAUCAUGGAGCCUACAGUAAUUCUACUCUGAGAGGACCGUGAGCCGAGGGCAUCCUCAUACUAUUUAGCGGGGGGUUACCGGCUACGAUCAGCAGAGGGCUACAAUCAACACAGGGGAAUUACUUGGUCCAGUUUACCUGUAACACCCCGAUUUGUAUGAGCUAGUUAUGUUUCAUUAUUAUAUAUUUUAGUCAGCUAAAUAAGUUACUUGUGUGAAUAAUGUGAUAUUUUGUUUUCAAGUUUUGUCUGUGGCAGGUAACGUUGACUGGUAAGCUCCAACAUUUUCAAGUGAAGAAAUAAUCGAUAGUAUAUAUUUUAUUAGUAUAGUAUUAAGAGGUAGAAUAUAAUAAUUUGGUUGGGUCAGAUUCAAUUUAUUUAGAAGGCUAAGAGACCCAAAUCAAUUAUCUUGGCCCAGAUCAAUAUUGUAACCAAAAACCCUAGAAAGAAAUACUUAUACGUCAUUUAGAAAUUCCGUGGAGUAGUUAAGUUAUGUUCCUUUUCUUCCGUAAGCAUCCGUUGGUCCUUGUUCUUCCUUCCGGAAAUUUUCAUCUCACCGAAUUCACCGCAUUUAAGAACAAAAAUUUGGUAUGUUAGAAUUUCCCUUUCAUGGCAUCCUUUCUUCUUAUCUUUCAAUUGGCACACAUUAGUAAUCGUUUUGUCAAUUCAGUUGCUUUUGCUAGAGAUUGGCGUGACUGAAAAGUUUUCAGCCAAAAUGGUUUUGUUUUAGUUAAACAAAUUAGGUCAAUUCGAGUUUAAGUGGAUUUUUUUUAUGUUUGAGUAAUUUAAAUAAGUUAUAAUCUGAAUGGCUUGGAAUCUAGUAACUUCCUUCCUAAAUCAGAGGAACCAUAUGCAUCAACGUUGUAAGAAUGCUUUGUAAUAAAAAAAUGAUUCUUUUACUAAUCGGGCUAACGUUGAACUUGGUAAAAUACAAAUGUUAAGCAACUGAAAAAUAAGAUGAUUGAGGAAUACAAAGAUAUUCUCUAGAUCACGGAUUGAAUUUUGGUUAUUAGAUCCAUAAGCCAAAUUUUUUUUUUCAGUGUUCAAGAAAAGCUAUGUGCAAGACUGCUGCUGCUGUUUCACUUCGAUUUCAGAGAAAUAAUUAUUACUUCUUAAUUCUUAUGUGUUAAACUAUAUAAUCCCUUGAAAAAAAAAGUUUAUUCAAAGCAUCUGAAGUGAAUUUUAUUGAAUACGAUUAGGCUAAUCGGAUUAGCUAAUGUACGAAGUAUUAAACCAUUUUUUAAAUUGGAGUUCAAAAUUUUAUACCUUCAAGUAUGCUUUGUUUAAUCAAAAUUCAUAAAUCUUGAACUCUAAUUUAAGGCAUAAUGAGCUCCAAUUAUACCCGUUUUUACUACGGUUGAUUUCCUCAAUUGAUUUAAGUUUAGCAAGGUCAACUAAAUUUUUCCUUCUGGUUGGUUAGUAUGUCUGGUAGAAAUUAAAGCCUUAGUCGUAUAGCCAACUUUCGCACCCUGGCAUACUCUUAUUUUAUAAUUACAUUUAAUUAAAGAUUAUUAAGGAAGAGCUCACCAGAAGACGUUAUCAAGGUGCCAAAUUUAUCUUAGUAUUUUGAGUUCAGCUGUUGACAGGUAAGUUCACUACCAACUAUACAUGUUUGUUCAACCAAAUGAAAGAAGGAAGUCUGGUUGAUUUUUAAUAGAUGAUUUUAGGCUAUUUGCUAUUAUGUGAACUGAGUGAAUUAUGUGAUGAGUUAUUUUAUUUGUUGUAUUAAGUUAUGUUUAUUAUCUGGCAGAGUCAAUAUCUUGUCUGUGCUUUGAUUUUCAGAUUUAAUGAUGUUUCAAUCAAACGUCACCGUAAAAAGAACUAAUACAUAAAGUGAAAGAUUAAGUGAUAUGUACUCGGGAACAAGUUCCCACAGAGUUAUCAGAUUAUCAGUUUACAGUUUCAGAGAGUCCGAUAUGUUUAGUGGGUCGCUCCCCUGAGCUGUCGGAUUGGCGCCUUUGAGUACAUAUCACGGGCCCACAGAGUAAAAUUAGCCACAAAGAGUAGUACAGAAAGUUGUUUAAUGAGAUCUCUUUCAGAAAGUUUCACAGAAAGUUUUUUUUGAGAUCUCUUUCAGAAAGUUUUACAGAAAGUUGUUUUUGAGAUCUCUUUCAGAAAGUUUUACAGAAAUUAAAGUUGUUUUGAGAUCUCUUUCAGAAAGUUUUACAGAAAGUUGUCUUUGAGAUCUCUUUCAGAAAGUUUUACAGAGAUGUUUUGAGAAUGAAAUUUUGAGAUCUCUCCAGCAGUUUUGAGAAAAUAUUUUAGAAAAUAUUUUCCUUUGAGAUCUCACUUCGAAUGUAUUUGUGAAGUUAUGUGUUAGUUAUUUGUUCAGUGCAUGCUUAUAGCCUAAAUUUAUCUAUUGAUAAAUUGGUCUAGACUUCUAGAUAUUUUUGUGGAGCCAUAGUGACUUACUAAGCGUAAAGCUUAUCAGUUUUCUUUCUUCGCAUGUACAGAUACUAAAGGUAAGGUCAAGGCCUAGGAAGAUGAUGAGGGAGUGGAACGCGUGCCGAAAUGAGUUAACGGGAACGACCUUCGCAGUAUCUAGCUAGUUAUUAUUGUAUUUAGAUAUAGUUGUUAUAAUAAAGUGAUUAUUAUAACUUUAUUUUAUUUUAUUUUAAGGAUUUGAAGUUUGAAUAAAUUCCUGGAUCCAGGUGGUUGUCACAUUUGCUGGUGAUAACUAUAUUAUAUUAAGUUUUUAUUUGGAGUUGUUUUAGUUACUUUUGAGAUUUUAUCAGGGUUAUUUUCUUAAAUAGACGGCCGUUAUAUUGCAAUUAUUUUUAAGAGUAAUAAGUUUGUGUAACGUAUCCUUUAACCCUGAGAGGGGCGUUACAUUACCCGAGGGCCACCCUUAACAUUUAUGGGGACCAUUUACAAAACUUUCGAAGUCCACAAAGGGAACCCCUCAG